AUGAAAAGCAAGGAUAAUGGAAAAUGUAGAAAAUCAAAUUUUUGCAUUACAAAACCGUUCGGUUUAUGCGUCUUACAAGUUGAGAAGCGUUCGUACGAUGGAUGGAAAUCUUGGUGGUGUUUUCUUUUUCAUUCUGUGUUAAACCCUAAAGUUUCAUACACAAAUGGAAGCUUCAAUCUUACACCCAAAUACAUAACCUCACAAAUUUCUCAUCUCAGAACAUAUUUUCAUCGAAAACAAAGCCCAGAAUAUUUGUAA